AUGGCCAGCCCAGCCUCCUUUUCUCGCGAUUCUUUCGCCGAAGGCACAGGACCAAAACUGGAUUCAAGCACGCCUCCGGAGAACAACGCCUUCCUUUUGACACCCCCAGCAUCCUGUGGUCAGAAGGCAACAUCUGAGUUCGACGUCGACAAAUGGAUCCGGACUUUGGAAGGCUACCUGGACCCUUCGACUUGUUGCCCUUCCACAACGCGCAUCCGCGUCCCUUCGACACACUAUCGCCAGGCAAUGAAAGUAUUGGAACAGCGGCCAUCUCUCUCUCGAUUAAUUGAGGACAAGGUGCGGUGGGACUACGAUCCCGCGUCUGGACUGAUCACUCUUCGAAUGCCUGCCCCUGUUCACGACAUCUUCUCUACCUCCGUAGCCAACGAAAUUUACAAACAACUGCAAGACAUCGCUGCGCGACCCGACAAAGACGGUGCAUUCGCUGGCCAAAUUAUAAACGGGGGUUCAUCCCGGAUUCUGCUCCAGGAAACCGGGGAAGAGCCUAAUUCCAUUCCACUACAACGACAUCCGGACGCACAGUUCCAACAUAGGAAAGCCGCAUUUCCUGGAGUAGUACUUGAGGUUUCCUACUCACAAGACGGGAAAAACCUCAAAAGGCUGGCCUGGGAUUAUAUACAGCAUUCAAAUGGGGAUAUCAAGGCUGUGAUCGGGCUUGACGUAAACCAUGGCGUGAAACCGUCGACAGUUUCGUUAUGGCGCCCGGAGUAUACGCGGGACGACGGGGAGGACUUCGACACACUUGGCGUGCAGGCCGAAAUUGAGUAUCAGGCAUUCCGAUCUCCGAACCUUGACCACGUGAACGGAACAGAUAACAUACAACUUGCAUUGAGCGAUUUCGCCACGGACGCCCUGUCCGACGUAUCAACUACACCGAUCAACAUUAAGCUCGACAGGCUUGCUGAAUUGCUCGACGAAGCAGAGGAAGUACACAAAGCAAGAGAAGAGGGCUUGGGUGGCGGGAUUAGGUCUAAACGGACCAUCAAAAAGCGGCCACGAUCUUCCAGCCCGGCCGAACAAAUACUAUCUGAAGACGAACUCGUGUUCCGCAUUCAAGAGGACAAAGUCUUGGAACGGGCCGAUGCUAAGGAUCACGAUUUUCACCCACCAGUAAAGAGGAGGAGUUCAACUAAAUAA